AUGCAUCGGGCGAGUCUGAUAUGUCGUCUUGCGUCUCCAAGUCGCAUCAAUAGCAUUAGAAGUGCAUCAUCAUAUGGAAACAACACCAUCUCAGCAACUCCAUUGGUUCAGCAACGGAAACAAUCAGUCGCUGCUUCCGUCAAGCAUGAACCGUUCUUGAAUGGUUCCUCCUCAGUUUACAUCGAACAGAUGUACGAGACUUGGCUCGAAAAUCCAUCCUCUGUGCACACUUCUUGGGAUGCGUACUUCCGCAACGUCGAGGCCGGAGCAGGACCAGGACAGGCUUUCCAGGCCCCACCAUCCGUUGCUUAUGCCGGAUCCAUGGGAGUUCCAUCUGCCCCAAUUACUUCUGCUGCCCCGGCCACUCGCCUCGAUACUAAUGCAUCCGUUCAAUCGAUCUCGGAUCACUUGAAAAUUCAGCUGCUGAUUCGCAGUUACCAAACCCGUGGACACAACAUCGCCGAUCUCGACCCACUCGGAAUAAACAGCGCCGAUUUGGAUGACACCAUCCCACCAGAACUCGAACUUUCAUUCUAUGGACUCGGCGAGCGUGACUUGGAUCGCGAAUUUCUUCUCCCACCAACCACAUUCAUCAGUGAGAAAAAGAGUUUGACAUUGAGAGAAAUUUUGCAAAGACUCAAGGAAAUCUAUUGUACUAGCACUGGAGUCGAAUACAUGCAUCUGAACAACUUGGAGCAACAAGAUUGGAUCCGCCGUCGUUUCGAAGCUCCUCGAGUAACCGAGCUUUCUCAUGAUCAAAAGAAGGUUCUAUUCAAACGUCUCAUCCGCUCCACAAAAUUCGAAGAGUUCCUCGCCAAGAAAUGGCCAAGUGAGAAGCGUUUUGGACUCGAAGGAUGUGAAGUUCUUAUCCCAGCAAUUAAACAAGUUAUCGACUCAUCUUCGACUCUUGGUGUCGACUCAUUCGUCAUUGGUAUGCCUCAUCGUGGAAGACUCAACGUGCUCGCCAAUGUCUGCAGACAACCACUGGCCACCAUUCUUUCUCAAUUCUCGACUCUCGAACCCGCCGAUGAAGGAUCCGGAGACGUCAAGUAUCACUUGGGAGUAUGCAUUGAGCGUUUGAACAGACAAUCCCAGAAGAACGUCAAGAUCGCCGUCGUUGCCAAUCCAUCCCACUUGGAAGCUGUCGAUCCAGUUGUUAUGGGUAAAGUGCGUGCUGAAGCUUUCUACGCUGGAGACGAGAAGUGCGAUCGUACGAUGGCUAUUCUUCUUCACGGAGAUGCUGCAUUCGCUGGACAAGGAGUCGUUCUGGAAACCUUCAAUUUGGAUGACCUCCCAAGUUACACCACUCACGGUGCCAUCCAUAUCGUUGUCAACAACCAAAUCGGAUUUACCACUGAUCCAAGAUCAUCGCGUUCAUCUCCAUAUUGUACCGAUGUGGGACGCGUCGUUGGUUGCCCAAUCUUCCACGUCAACGUCGAUGAUCCAGAAGCUGUGAUGCACGUCUGCAAUGUUGCUGCUGACUGGAGAAAAACUUUCAAGAAGGAUGUUAUUGUAGAUCUUGUAUGCUACAGACGUCACGGUCAUAACGAGUUGGACGAGCCAAUGUUCACUCAACCUCUCAUGUACCAGCGUAUCAAGCAAACCAAGACUGCUUUGGAAAAAUAUCAAGAAAAGAUUUUGAACGAGGGUGUAGCCAACGAACAAUAUGUGAAGGAAGAGCUCACCAAGUACGGAGCAAUUCUCGAGGAUGCAUACGAAAACGCACAAAAAGUCACAUACGUCAGAAACAGAGAUUGGCUCGAUUCACCAUGGGAUGACUUCUUCAAGAAGCGUGAUCCACUCAAACUUCCAUCUACUGGCAUCGAACAAGAAAACAUUGAGCACAUCAUCGGCAAAUUCGGUUCUUAUCCAGAGGGAUUCAAUCUUCAUCGUGGAUUGGAGAGAACAUUGAAAGGAAGACAACAAAUGCUCAAGGACAAUUCUCUCGAUUGGGCUUGCGGAGAAGCUCUUGCUUUCGGUUCACUUCUCAAGGAAGGAAUCCACGUCAGAUUAAGUGGACAGGAUGUCGAAAGAGGAACCUUCUCUCACCGUCAUCAUGUUCUCCACGAUCAGAAAGUUGAUCAAAAGAUCUACAAUCCACUUAACGAUCUUGCUGAUCCACAAGGAGAAUACACUGUUUGCAACUCAUCACUUUCGGAGUACGCCGUUCUUGGUUUCGAACUGGGAUACUCGAUGGUCGACCCCAACUCGUUGGUCAUCUGGGAAGCUCAGUUCGGAGAUUUCUCCAACACUGCCCAAUGUAUUAUUGACCAGUUCGUGUCUUCCGGACAAUCGAAAUGGAUUCGUCAAUCUGGAUUGGUUAUGUUGUUGCCUCACGGAUACGAAGGAAUGGGACCAGAACAUUCAUCUGCCCGACCAGAGCGAUUCUUGCAGAUGUGCAAUGAAGACGAUGAGAUCGACCUUGAUAAAAUCGCUUUCGGAGGCACCUUCGAAGCUCAGCAACUUCACGACACCAACUGGAUCGUUGCAAAUUGCACAACACCAGCCAACAUCUACCAUCUUCUCCGCCGUCAAGUAACCAUGCCAUUCCGUAAACCAGCUGUCGUUUUCUCUCCAAAAUCCCUUCUCCGUCAUCCAAUGGCUCGGUCACCAGUCGAAGACUUCCAAUCUGGAUCAAACUUCCAACGAAUCAUCCCAGAAACUGGAGCUCCAUCACAAAACCCACCAAAUGUGCAAAGACUUGUCUUCUGCACCGGAAAGGUCUAUUACGAUAUGGUUGCUGCUCGUAAACACGUCGGAAAGGAAAAUGAUGUCGCCUUGGUUAGAGUAGAACAACUGUCCCCAUUCCCAUACGAUUUGGUGCAACAAGAGUGCAGAAAAUAUCAAGGAGCUGAAAUCAUCUGGGCCCAAGAAGAACACAAAAAUAUGGGAGCCUGGUCUUUCGUGCAACCAAGAAUCAACUCUCUUCUCUCCAUUGAUGGUCGUGCCACCAAGUAUGCCGGACGUCUUCCAUCUUCUUCCCCAGCCACCGGAAACAAAUACACGCACAUGCAAGAACAGAAGGAAAUGAUGAGCAAAGUGUUCGGAGUUCCAAAAUCAAAACUGGAAGGAUUCAAGGCCUAA